GGGAGCCGCCGGCGUGAGCUGCCCGGGCUGCGGCUGCGGGGCCGGGGCCGGUGCGGCGGAGCCAGCCCAGCCCAGCCCCAGCCAUGCCGGCGGGCAGCACGGAGCCGGACGGCAUCCUCAGCUACCAGAGACCUGAUGAAGAGGCGGUUGUGGAUCAAGGUGGGACUAGCAAUGUUGUCAACAUCCAUUAUGAGAAGGAAGAGCUGGAAGGGCACAGAACUCUGUAUGUUGGGGUCCGAAUGCCUUUGGUGAGACCGGGUCACAGGCAUCACCGAACUCAUGGCCAAAAGCACAGGAAACGGGACCGGGUGAAGGGAGCGGUUCAGGAAGAGCAGGAAUCUCAUGACACCCCGUCUCAGCGAGUUCGGUUUAUCCUUGGGACCGAGGAGGAUGAGGAGCAUGUCCCCCAUGACCUCUUCACGGAGCUGGAUGAGAUUUGUGUGAAGGAGGGGGAGGACACAGAGUGGAAGGAAACGGCCAGGUGGCUGAAGUUUGAGGAAGACGUGGAGGAUGGAGGGGAACGUUGGAGCAAGCCUUACGUUGCUACACUGUCCUUACACAGCCUCUUUGAGCUGAGGAGCUGCAUCAUGAACGGUACAGUCCUCCUGGAUAUGUGUGCCAGCAGCAUCGAAGAAAUUGCAGAUAUGAUUUUGGAUCAGCAAGAACAGUCCAGCGAGUUUGAUGAAAGCAUGCGGGUGAAAGUGCGGGAGGCCCUGUUAAAGAAGCACCACCAUCAGAAUGAGAAGAAGAAGAACAAUCUCCUCCCGAUUGUCCGCUCUUUCGCAGACGUUGCCAAGAAACAGUCAGAUCCACACUUGUUGGACAAGACAGCCAUGCACCUGUUGUCUCCCCAUCCACCCACCACACUAGAGAUGAAGAAUGGAGUGAACCAUGAUACAAGCCCUAUGGAUUUAAGCAAGGCUGAGCUGCAUUUCAUGAAGAAAAUUCCUACCGGGGCAGAAGCUUCCAAUGUUCUGGUGGGUGAGCUGGAUUUUCUCCUUCGUCCCAUCGUGGCAUUUGUGCGCCUAACUCCCGCCGUCCUCCUCUCGGGCAUGACAGAAGUUCCUAUCCCAACCAGGUUCUUGUUUAUCCUGCUGGGACCAGAAGGGAAGGCUCAUCAGUACCACGAGAUUGGCAGGUCAAUGGCUACCAUCAUGACAGAUGAGAUUUUCCAUGACGUUGCUUAUAAAGCCAAAGACCGUGGGGACCUUGUGGCCGGUAUUGAUGAAUUUCUAGAUCAGGUGACAGUGUUGCCCCCUGGAGAGUGGGAUCCAUCAAUUCGAAUUGAACCUCCAAAAAAUUUACCUUCCCAGGAAAAGAGGAAGAUGCCGGCAGUCCCUAAUGGCAACGCCUGCCACCCCGAACCGGAACACCACAGCGGACCCGAACUUGAGCGAACGGGGAGGCUCUUUGGGGGUUUGAUUUUGGAUGUAAAGCGAAAAGCUCCUUGGUUCUGGAGUGACUUUCGGGAUGCCCUGAGUUUACAGUGCUUGGCAUCCUUCCUCUUCCUGUACUGUGCCUGUAUGUCUCCUGUGAUCACUUUUGGGGGGUUGCUUGGAGAAGCGACUGAUGGACAAAUAAGUGCAAUGGAAUCCUUAUUUGGCGCCUCCAUGACAGGAGUGGUGUACUCUCUGUUUGCUGGACAACCCCUCACUAUCUUGGGAAGUACUGGACCAGUGUUGGUGUUUGAAAAGAUUUUGUUCAAAUUCUGCAAGGACUACACUCUCUCUUACCUUUCCCUGCGAACCUGCAUUGGACUGUGGACUGCUUUCCUAUGCAUCGUCCUCGUGGCGACUGACGCCAGCUCCUUGGUGUGCUACAUCACGCGCUUUACUGAGGAAGCCUUUGCCUCUUUGAUCUGUAUUAUCUUCAUCUAUGAGGCACUGGAGAAGCUGAUCAGACUGGGAGAGACGUAUCCUGUCCACAUGCACAGCCAGCUCGACCAUCUGACUCUCUACUACUGUAGCUGUGGAGCCCCUGCCAGCCCCAGCAAUGAAACCCUGCAGUACUGGGACAGCAUCAAUAUUGACCCUUCCGCGCUUGAAUGGGCAAACUUGACUGUCAGUGAAUGCCAGAAAUUGCACGGAGAAUUUAUUGGCCCUGCCUGUGGAGAGCAUGGCCCGUACACACCCGAUGUCCUCUUCUGGUCCUGCAUCCUCUUCUUCACCACCUUCAUCCUGUCGGGCUCCCUGAAGAUGUUUAAAACCAGCCACUAUUUCCCAACAAAAGUGCGUGCCAUGAUAAGCGACUUUGCUGUUUUCUUCACUAUCGCCAUUAUGGUGGUUAUUGACUUUUUAAUUGGGAUCCCAUCGCCUAAGCUGCAAGUUCCCCAUGUCUUCAAGCCGACAAGAGAUGACCGUGGUUGGAUUAUUAGCCCAAUUGGACCAAAUCCCUGGUGGACAGUGCUGGCUGCUAUCAUACCCGCCCUCCUCUGCACCAUCCUGAUAUUCAUGGACCAGCAAAUCACUGCUGUUAUCGUGAACAGAAAAGAGCAUAAACUCAAGAAAGGAUGUGGUUACCACCUAGAUCUACUAAUGGUGGCGGUCAUGCUUGGCGUGUGCUCUGUGAUGGGGCUACCCUGGUUUGUAGCGGCGACAGUUCUGUCCAUCACCCAUGUGAAUAGCCUCAAACUGGAGUCAGGCUGCUCUGCCCCAGGAGAACAACCGAAGUUUCUGGGCAUACGAGAGCAAAGGGUUACAGGCCUCAUGAUCUUUGUGCUUAUGGGCUGUUCUGUCUUCAUGACGUCCGUGUUAAAGUUUAUACCGAUGCCUGUGCUUUAUGGCGUGUUCCUCUACAUGGGCGUUUCGUCACUCAGAGGCAUUCAGUUCUUCGACCGCUUGAAGCUGUUUGGGAUGCCAGCGAAGCACCAGCCCGACUUCAUCUACCUGCGACACGUCCCCUUGCGAAAAGUGCACCUCUUCACCCUGAUCCAGCUGGCUUCUCUGGUUUCGCUGUGGGCCAUAAAGGCGUCACCCGCUGCCAUCGUCUUUCCCAUGAUGGUUUUGGCUCUCGUCUUUGUUCGGAAAGUCCUGGAUUUCUGUUUCUCAAAGAGGGAGCUGAGCUGGCUUGACGACCUCAUGCCGGAAAGCAAGAAGAAAAAAAUAGAAGAUGCCAAAAAUAAAGCCAAAGAAGAGGAGGAGUCUCAGAAGAUGAUGGAUGUGGCUGAAACAGAUGUCAUUCAGCUGCCUCUGGGGAAAACUGAAUAUUCAACUGCUCCAAAACAAAAUAACAAUGGGAGGGUGGAUCCUUCAGAGAUUAACAUCUCCGAUGAAAUGCCUAAAACGACAGUAUGGAAAGCUCUCAGCAUGAAUACAGAAAAGCUCUAGAUCCAAGGAGACGAGUUUUUCCAUUUAGGGAUCUUGGCUUUGGAGGAGGAGGCGAAGAAUGAGAAGAUGACUCAGGGAUGAGCCAAGACACGCAGACAGGGGGAAAAAAUACUUUUCAAAACGGAGGAAAGGAGAAAAAAAAAUGAGUACCCUCCUCCCCCAGGACUUUCUUCAGUCAAGUAACUGGAUUCAUAUUAAAGCCAUUCAGAAGUUUUCAAUUAUCUUUGGUGUGCUUUGGUGGGCAUUCAGUAUCUUCAGACCAGCAAGCUGAGGUGCACAUUGCAGUCAGCAAGAGUUCAGUGUUAAUUCAGCCUCUGUACGUGCGUGUGCGUGCGUGUGUCCUGUUGCGGUUUCUUAGUGGUAGAGAGACUGCUGCUGCAUAACCAUUCAGCGCUCUCUCUUUUGUUUUUAAUUUGAUUCCCCACCCCCCGUUUCAAAAUAUAAACACUGAAUGUACAAAACCGGUGCCUGAUGUUUCUGAGGCAUCCUUCCUUUCCUCGUUUUUUGCUAACUGGCUGCUAGCCCAGUUGGCUUCUUGGUUAAGUUUUAUUUUCUCUUGUAUUGCAAGAUACAAUGUAGUCCCGGACCACUGGGUCAGCAUAAUGUGAGUAUUUUCAGCAGAGCUGGGCUAAAUGUGGGAAGAAAAGGAGUUUUCUUGACAUCCUCAUUCCAAAGUUUAGGCCCAUUUUGCUUCGACUCAGGUGGCUUCAGCGAACGCUCAAGCACUUACAGCCUUGCUUAAUUUCAAGUGCUUUACAGUGGUCGCGCACAAAUUGUUGGCCUCCUGCUGGCAUCUGGAGAUGCCAACUGAGAUUGGGGCCUGCUGUGCUUAGCAUCAUGCAUACAUGUGCUUGGAGAAUGCGACUCUCUGUCCCAGUGAGCUUAUAGCCCAGCUGGACCAGAGGAUAAAGUGGGAUUUGAGGGGCUCCAGGCAAAGGUUCUCUACUCUUUAAGACCAGAUUAAAAGAUAACUGUAAUGCAGUGGGUGCCCCUGCCCGGCAUCGGUCCCGUGCAAUUGCCCUAAUGAGAAGUUGGGGUAUGCAUGCACCUUUAUAGACCAAGUCAAUAGCAGGAGCUAUAUAGAGCUCUUGGCCUCAUGCCACCCCUGCCAGAGGGUCAUAGGUAUUGUUGCUUAUGCAGGCUGAGCUCAGUGCCCACUCCAGGAGCAGCCAUCCAUCCUCCACCAUGUCCCACCCUCCUGUCAUUUGUUAUUCUAGGGAUGCCCUGAAAUAGGGAGGAAUUUCCCAUACUUCCCACUGUCUCCACCCCAUGUGCUAUGAGCUCUGUGCAUCUCUCCUUUAGCUCCCCCCACCAAGGACCAUUGCCCUCCUAGAUUGGAAGGAGCAGGGAGGACAGCUGCUGCCCUUUCUUCCCCCUACCGUGGGGCAGGAUUUGGGGACCCAGUAAAGGAAGGAAUGAAGCCUCCUUCACUUUGCCCUCUUUGGCUCCAUCCAGCUGCUGGCAGCGGGAAUAGCAAGCAGCAGCUUUUUGGCUGGCCAAAGCUUUCAGAGCAAAAUCAGGUUUCUGCCCAGGGACCCCGGGAGCAGUCUUAGAAAUUUUGGAAAUGAUCAGAUAUGGCCAUCAAAAGUCCCUGCUAUACACACAGACAGGUGGACAUCACCAAGCUAUGAGCAGGGCCUCACCUGGCUGGUGAGGAGUGGGAAAGGAAACUGAGGCACACACAGACUUGCCCCAAGUCACACUAAAAAUGUGCUGGGGAUAGGGCCAGACCUCUGCUAUCCUGAUUGCUAAACCGUUUCAAGUUCAGUAGGUGUUUCCAUGCUUUGCUGCAUCGGGGCCUGUAGUUAAAUGACACUGCUCGUGGGAACAGUGGACUUCAGGUGACUCUUGCAAAAGAUUCAUCACUGUGACUCUUCGCUCCAUAAACCUGAUCCCAUUUCAUCACUGGAGGGUGCAAACCAUGACCUAUGACCUAGGCAACCAAACCAAAACCAAAUGCUUUGCACGCUGGACUUCUUGCUGUGAGCUGCUCUGGAGCCGGGUCUCGGACCCAGACCCUUUCUCAGGCGCUACUCAGAAUAGCGUUUGAAAAAUAAAUGAUUCUGAUGGGAAUUCAUCUUUGUGGUCACUGUGCAGAAAGGAAAGAGGUAAAACCCUGACUGAGGCACAAUUUGCUUCUGUGAUCAGUCAGAAAGACUAUCACAGCUAGAGAGCUUGGGUGGCCAAACUGCAUGUGCGGCAUGCGGUAGGACAGGCAGCAGAAUGGGAGAUUAGGUAUGCACCUGAAAGCAGAGCAUCCGAUCAAGCAGGGAGCAGAAAGUAAGGGAAAGGGAAGGGGAAAGGGAUUGGAGUAGUACUUGGGGAGGGUGCAGGGCUAAUUUGUGGCAUGCCUGCCAAAAAAUAGUUGGCCCCACUGACUCGGAGACUACCCAGGCUUGCUUUUUUUGUCACACACAGGCUUACAAAUUGUCACGGGCCACUCGGCCGAUGAACCCCCUUCUAGAAAUCAGUCAAGUCAUGAUCCAGCACAACAUUUCAAUGUGUGAUACAGUGUAAGUCAGGGGCGGGCAAUUAUUUUGGGCAGAGGACCGCUUACUGAGUUUCGGCAAGCCAUUGAGGGCUGCACGACAGGCAGCUCAGGGCAGAUUAAUAUUAAUUUUCUAAAUUUUUUAGGGGCCCUGCAGGCCGGAUAGGAUGGCCUGGCAGGCAGCAUCCGACCCCCAGGCCACAUCUUCCCACCCCUGGUGUAAGUGCAUGUGUUUAAGGGCACGUGUGACAACAAGUAAGUGCAUAAUGCUUGGUAGAGCUACAGCACUUUAGAGACGGCAAAGUGGCCAGAAAAGAAGUCUCAAAAGCACUUACUCAGCCGGGGAGGAUGCUCCUAGCACAGGCAUUAUGGAAAACAUCCAUAUGGCUGACUUCUGCGCCACGUCCUCCUAUAUAGGAUGUGCCCGGGGGCGGGAGGGCUGUGUCAGGGUGGGGCUGCAGUGAUUCAGUACCCUGCCGUAGCCGGCAAUAUGUUCUUUAGGGAAAGAUCUGUUUUGUUUCAAAAGGCCAUCGGGGGAGAUUUGCACAGCUCCUUGCCGCCUUCUUUGCAGCGCGUUCAUGCCAUAUGGAAUUAGUAAAAGCCAUUAUUAAAAUACUAGCUGCCCAUCACUGUUCCCCUAGCAGGGCGGGAGCAGUGUGACCAGGUCACGUCUUCCAUCGCAGCACUCCCGGGUCUCUCCAGAAAUGCAGAGAGCUCCUGGAAGCUCCUCAAAUGACCAUUACCUCUUGAAUGGAUUGCAACUCAGCCUCAGCUACAAGCUGUAAUGCCCACUCUCCUCAUUUGCAAUCCAUUAAACUCUUUGCUAGUGGUAUCCUUUGCUUUCCAAUUGUGUGGUCCACGACGGGGUUAUGCACAAAUAGUGGGCGGGUGGUGUGUGUGCUGUAUAUGCCCAAGCUGGACUAAAGGCUUCAUGGAAGUAACUCAUAUCAUUUAAAAACUCUUAUCCUCCAUUUCAAUGUCUUUUUAUGCCACCAUCUUAGGUGAAAAUGAAAAUCAGUGUAGUUCAUCGCAGGGGCAUUUACUUUUUUCAUUGUACUUGAAUGGAAAGGUUUGGGCUGCUUGAAUUUUUGGGUUCGUUUUUAAACAGAGCUCCUCUAAACGUACCGUGGGAUAAAGCAAAAUCUCACGCUGAUCCUAGCUGCCACAGGGCCAUCCUCUGAAAGCUCCCAGCGUUGAACAGAACAGAGGCAUCUCGAGAAAAGAAACCUCCGUAAAUUAAAGUAAAUAAAUCCUAGCGGAUGAUAAAGCUGAGGGUCUUUCCUCCUGCUUUUGCUCUUCUGUGCAGGGACAGUUUGUGUCUGGGAAUGGUACUGACAGUCUGCACUCUGCUUCCUUUCAUGGGACUUGUGGAUCAAUGCCUCAAAAAUACAAAGAAUCAUAGUAGAGGUCACAGCUUUUAUUAGACCAACUGGAUUUUUGCACAAAAAUUUUGCAAAAAUCUAGUUAGUCUAAUAAAAGCGAUUGCCUCUACCACGAGUUUUGAUUUCUUUUGCCUUGAGCCCAAUACGGCUGCAACCUGGAUACUCAAAAUAAAAUGCUCUUUUAUUCUGGAUGCCAAGUGCAAUCCACGGUGUGGUGCAGGCUUUCCCUCUAGUGGCUAGCCUGGGCCGGUCAAGAGGUUGAUGGUUUUUGCUACAGCCUUUGAACCAAGGAGCCUGGGUUAAUUCGAGCGGCUCCCCAGGGUUUCCUGCAUUCAAACACAGCAGCGGUGGGUUCAGUCACCAAUGACAUCGCAGUGUCUAAAACAAGUUUCUGGCUGCUCUCAGGGCUCCCCAAGAGAAGUAGGAAAGAAGUAUAUAAGAAGACUAUAUAACUAUAUAAGACUAAGGAACUAUAUAGACUAAGGACUAUAUAAGAAGAAGGAAACAGCUGAUUUCCCAGACACUUUAAAAAGUCAGUUUUAGCUCAGCUCAAGAUUGAAAUGACCUGUUGUGUCUAUAGGGCGAAUACCGUUCUUCCAGCAGGCAGGAGACUCCUUUGAUUUCUCUAUAGCCCCUAAAAUAGUAAUGACAUGGUCCCAUAUCAUACCGUAUUGAUUAUGGUAAAUAAUUUGAGGAGCAUAUUUUUAAUUUAAAAAUAAUAGCAUGACGAAUAAUGGAAAGGGAUGAUGUCACCCCGGCUGUGUCCUUAAACAUGGCCUCAUUUGGGCUGGGCUUCAAGUGCUGAAGGGCAGAGGAGAAUGACACGCAGUGGAGCUGUUUACACCGGGAAACCAGCAUCACGCAUACGCCAUCCGUUCCCUUUUAAGAAGAAAGCCAGCCCAUAAUGAACACGGUGGCUGCUUCUUAAAGUCUGGAUUAUUCCACUUUGCCAGGGAUCAUGUCUAUGGUGAAAGCAGACCGCCUCAAAAAGCCUUGUAGCCAGUAUUAGCAAGUCCGUGCUUCAAAAAGGUGCCGAGUCUCUUUUCUCCAUGUUAGGAGAUUUUUGGCUUAAGAGUAAUGAUGCUCUUUAUAGUAAAUGUUGGCUUCUCUAUACUUGCCUUCAGCUUGCCUACCUGUUAGGAUGUGUUUGGAUCAUGAUUUUGAGGUCUUGAUUUCGGUCUUUGUUUUAGGGAAAGGGAGAGUCUCUUGUGACACUGUUCUCAGUGGUGGCAGAUGGCAGAACAAGCAGCCAUGCUCUCAAGUUGCAGCAAGGGAAGUUGAGGUUGGAUAUUAGGAAGAACUCCCUCACUAGGAGGGUAGUAAAGCGCUGGAACAGGUUACCCAGAGAGGUGGUGGCAUCUCCUCCUUGGAGGUUUUUAAGACCUUGGAGGUUUUUAAGGGAUGAUGUAGUUGGGGCUGGCCCUGCUUGGAGCAGGAGGUUGGACUAGAUGUGACCUCCUGAAGUCCCUUCCCACCUGAUUUUUUUAUGGUUCCAAGAAAAGGACAGCUGGGGUUGUGCUACGAACAAAUCUCCUUUUAUUUCAUCUGGCAUGUUAUUCCUCAAUUCCAGCAGCGAUGGAAAGAAAACACCCGCUAUCCUAAAAUCAUAAAAUCUUACAAAAGUAGGGCUGGAAGGGACCUCUGGAGGUCAUCUCAUCCAACACCGGCAUCGUCCCUAUGCAAACCAUCCCAUACAAAUUCUUGUUCCUAAGACUACACCAUCAGCCCUGUGACACAACUAUAAAGCACGGCACCCUCAUCUGUCACAGGAAAAUCAGGGGGACAGUGGUGGGACCUGCUGUGGCUGCAAGGGGUUGUUAAAAUAUGCUUGAGAUGUUGGGACCCUAUGUACCCACGAUCCUGGGUGCCUGAAGGUUUGAGCGUACAUGUGUUUUUCUGUUGGUGGUUCAGUAGGUCAGUCAAUUAUAUCUGAGCGGUUUGUAGCAAACGGGCUUCAGGCGGCCCAGGAUCUGUUCCACUGAUGGACACGGUGUGGUGCCUUGCUGCUCUCUCAUCCACUGCGGUCCUUUGCACCAGCAAGAUGCCUUCUUGCCAUUCUGUCCUGGUAGCAUUUUAUAUCGAUGUCAAUGCUAGAGCAAAACCCAUGGAGAAUCUGCUCCAUUGCUCAUUUGACCCGAGGGAAGGUGAUAAAAGGAAGGGCCCAAGCGUGGAAAUGCAUUGCCAUGUGCAAUGACUUAAGGGCUUCCUGCUCCAGCUUUGCAAGCGAGUUUAGGGCCGAGCGCUCCAAGAUGCCCGCAGAGGGCAGCAUUAAGCAAAGCAGCUGCUAUGGGAAGCAUUGGCAGGGGAAUUAUCCCCCUCUGGUGCCAAAGCCGCUCAGCAAAGAGCAGUGCUGGUAUUUCUAGCCCUCGUGGUUGCAGAGAAAAGCUUGAAAGGGAAUCGCAGAGGAUCAAAAACCUGCAGACUGAUAAUACGAACCCCAGAUUUACUGACUCCCCCUCCCCUCCACAAGUAUCAGGAUUUUUAAGAUAAGAUCGUGACUUUUUUUGUGGUUAAACUCGUGAUACUCUCUGUGUUAGCAGUAAAGAGGAUACAUGAAGACAGCAAUUUCUGGUCUGUUUGCAUAGAGAUCCUAUAGCUGCUCUGAGUCUAACAGGUAGAGUUGAGCCCUGCUCCUAAGUGCCAUUGUCUCCCUGGGAGGGUAGUAGAGCACAGGAACAGGCUUGGCAGAGAGGAUGCAGACUCUCCAUCCUUGGAGGUUUUUAAGACCCUGCUAGACAUAGCCUUGGCUGGGAUGAUCUAGUUGGGGCUGGUCCUGCUUGGAGCAGGGGGUCAGACUAGCUGUGACCUCCUGAGGUCCCUUCCCACUCUCAUUGCCUAUGAUACUAGGACCUCAUUUGAAGUCAUGGCCCCUAGUUUGGGGACACACUUCCAAAAACAUGUAGCAGGCGGUGUCUAACUCUCACUGACUUUAAAUGGGUGCUAGGCAGGUAUUUGCCUCUAAAACCUACCCCCCAGAGCAACAUAAGCAAUUACAUCAAAGCAGGGGUCAGCAGCCUACAGCCCGUGGGUCAGCUCCAGCCUGUGGCCAUGGGGUUUCUGUAGUGUUUGGCGGCAGGGGGGACCUCCUGCAGGUGCUGUCCCUUUGGCACUGUGGAUAUGAAUGCCAGCUGGGAGAAGUACCAGCUGCAGGUGCUUUCCCUAUGUUGCCCGGUGAUGGCAGGGCCCUGGUGCCUUCCCUUCUGCCUCCAGUCAUCUGGUCAGAAAGAUUGUCUGCCGCAGCAUUGAAGUGUUUUAAAUCGGCAUUCAAUUUAUGAUUUGGGGGGGGAAAAACCUCCCAGUCAUGAAACAAAAAAAGAGCUUUAACCUUGCAAAUGGUUUCUAAGGAGUAGAUUCUGUAACGUUCCUUUGCUCAUUAUUAUGGGACAUUCUUGAAUAGUCUUCUAAUCGAUCUGCUCUGUCUAUUAUCAUCAUCACCAUUGUUAUUAGUUCAGGCGAUAAUGAAGGCUGGGAUUUUCAAAGGGAAAUAGAUGCCCAAAUUCAGUGGCGUUCUGGUACCUCUUAGGCGUCUUUGAAAAUACUAGUCAAAUGAAAUGCAUAAGGAUACCUAAAGCAGGAAGGAAGAAACUGUUAAAAAAAAAAGAAAAAAGAAAAAAAAAAAGGUGCUGGCACAUUUUUUCUAGUAUAUUUUCUUCCUCCUAGUAUGCGACAUGUAGAAAUAGAGAAAUUAUUUUCUUUUUAGAGAUACUGAAAUAUAUUUAUUUUGUUGUAAGAGAUGAUGUAGUUUGAAAACAUUCCACGUUGUAAAUAAAACGGAGAAAUCAAGUCUAUCUAGGUGUUAUUUCUGAAUUCAAACCUUUGCUAAAAGUUAAAAAUCUGACCUUAUUUUGAGUCUGUUCUGUAGAAAUCUCUGUUUUCCCCACCUCCCCUCAUGGUUUUCUGUCUGUGAAAUGUUGCUUGGUGGUUGUGGUGUUUAGAUGGUCAGAAUCAGUGUUUCUCAUCACAAAUAAUGGAAAUGAAAAAUAAAAAAAACCCCAUGUUUGUCUCA